AGUCACACAGACCUUCCUGCUCUCUGAAGAGUGUAUUUGGCUUCAGGGUGAUGAAGACUUAGAUCCCUAUCCACAGAUCUCUUUCCAUCUCUGCUGGUUUAUGUUUAGAGGUCAUCACAUCAUCAGUAAAAGUCUGAAGGUUUCAACAGGCCAAUGAGUGUUCUCAUCAUCGAGGCAUUUUAUGGAGGCUCCCAUCGACAGCUGGUACAGUUACUCCAAGAAGAAUUAGACCAUUGUGUCCUCUACACCCUUCCUGCAAAGAAAUGGCACUGGAGAGCACGGACAGCAGCUUUAUACUUCUCACAGAGUAUUCCCAGCAGCGAGCACUACAGGACCCUCUUUGCAAGCUCAGUACUUAACCUGACUGAACUGGCUGCCCUUCGGCCUGAUCUGGGCAAACUGAAGAAGAUCUUGUAUUUCCAUGAAAACCAAUUGGUAUAUCCUGUCCAGAAAUAUCAAGAGAGGGAUUUUCAGUAUGGAUACAACCAAAUUCUCUCAUGUUUGGUGGCUGAUGUGGUGGUAUUCAAUUCCUUUUUUAAUAUGGAAUCGUUUCUUACUUCCAUUGGAAAAUUCCUGAAGCUGAUUCCUGAUCAUAGACCUAAGGAUCUGGAAAGCAUAAUCAGACCCAAGUGUCAGGUUAUUUAUUUUCCCAUCAGGUUUCCUGAUGUAAGCAGAUUCAUGCCCAAGCACAAAAUAGCCCACUUAAGGAAGAUGCUCGGCCUUAGUGGAAAUGGUGUUGCAGCUCUGCCGGUGAUGCUUCCUUCCCAACCAGAGCAGAGGGAUUCUAAGAAGUUACCGGGGAAUAUGAAAUCCAAGUCUGAUGAACACCCUGGCCUUGAUGCUGGACAAGAAACCCUGGACAACCCAACCCAGAAAUCAGACUUAGAGAAGUCCAGCCUGUCAGAAGAUAACUCAUGCUCUCUUCCUGUGAGCAAAACUCUAGCUCUUGAUCCCAGCAACCUUUUGUGUGGAGUUGAUGAUGAGCCAAGACCGCUGCAUAUCACUUGGCCUCACAGGUGGGAACAUGACAAAGAUCCAGAGAGUUUUUUUAAGGUAUUAAUGCAUCUAAAGGAUUUAGGACUGAAUUUCCACGUCUCUGUCCUUGGAGAAACUUUUACAGAUGUCCCAGAUAUAUUUUCAGAAGCCAAAAAGGCACUGGGAUCUUCAGUCUUACACUGGGGCUACUUACCCUGUAAAGAAGACUAUUUCCGAGUACUGUGCAUGGCUGAUGUUGUCAUCUCAACAGCUAAGCAUGAAUUCUUUGGAGUAGCAAUGUUGGAAGCUGUGUACUGUGGCUGUUACCCACUUUGUCCCAAAGACUUGGUUUAUCCUGAAAUAUUUCCAGCUGAGUAUCUGUAUUCCACACCUGAACAGCUUUCAAAAAGGCUCCAGAGUUUCUGCAAGAGACCAGAUAUUGUAAGAAAACAUCUUUAUAAGGGUGAAGUGGCUCCAUUUUCUUGGGCAGCCCUACAUGGUAAAUUCAGGUCUCUGCUCACAACAGAACCAAGGGAAGAUUUGUGACAGAUGGGGCUAAGUCACAAACUUGCAGCCUAAGGCAGAAUCUGAAGAACUUUCCAGAGUGUGCCCAUAUUUACCUGAUCAGAGAGAAAAGAAAAUCUGCAGAGGAAGCCGAGCCUGGCUGCUUGUCAUAGCUGACACAGAGCCAUCUGCCACAAACCUGUGGCGGCUUCAGAUCUCCAAUCCCUGCCACCACCCCAACUCAAAUUAAAUACAGAUUCCUAGAGACGUUAUGAUGGUUACACAUGUCCUCGGCAUCACAUGUAGGAGACUGUUCAAAAAAAAUAUGUGGCCUGUUGUAUAACCGCACUCAUGUAUCCCAUAUGUGGUGCCACAUUGAAUUUCCGGUUGAAUCCGUUUUUAUCCUUUGUACUGGAUGACAUGGUGCCUGAAUUCUUUCUUUCUGCCGACACGAUGGCAGCCAAACUGCAGCUUCAAACACUCACACUUGGCUGAGUUUCUACCUGGGUUGCCAGGUUAUCAUCCGAGCCUUCUUGUGUCCUCAAAGGGCCACGGGGCCUAGAAAGAGGAUCAGAAUGCUCCUGAACUAAUUGGGCAGCCAUCUCAAAGCCGCUGUAGGCAAAGGGCUGCUUUAGCACUUUUCUUUCAGCAAAUUAAUGACUCUCUGGCACAGGAGUUUUUAAGUGAAGGUAUUAAUAAGGGGUCUGGCAGGUAUUCCCCUGAUUCACAGAGUUUCAUUUGCAUUUAAUUAAUCUUAAAGAAACUUGCAAAGAUAAACAGCUGUAAUUCGGACAAACAUGGCAGAUACAGUGAGUGAAGUCCUCUCAUCCAUAAAAUGAACACAAGAUACUUGUUUUAAAUUUUUUUUCUAUGGGUAAAAAUAGAGAAAUCAAAAUGCUUCUAACAAAACCAUAAUUUGGUACAAAUAUUCUUCAAAAUAUUUGCAUCCAACUACACAUAUACUCUUUCUGAGAUUAGUCACUUGUAAUUCUUGUUAUCAUGCUGCUCUGUUUGUUGGUGUAAAGAUAUUUUAAAUGGCUGGAUUGUAAAAUAAAUUUUUAAUAAACUGCCCGCUGUAAUUUUAA